CUCAAGCAGCUCAGGAAGCAAAGACGAGACACAGCAGAAGAGAUCCUUCAAAUCUGAGGAGAGCAGUUAAGUUGAAGAGCCUUUAGUAGAUCCCUCCACUCAUUAAUUUAUAACCUUUAAGAUGAAGACAAGUCUUGCGAUCCAGUGCAUCGUUCUCCUGGCCUGCAUGGCCUUCUGCAGUUCACAAGGUUUUUCAGUUAUUCUAAAGUGCCGGUGUUUGACGAUCAGUAAGGGGGUAAAUCCCUCUCUCAUCACUGGUGUCCAGGAGUUUGGUCCUCGUCCAUACUGCAGUAAGAGACAAGUCAUUGUCACACUGAAGGAUGGGACAAAACGGUGUCUCGAUCCUGAGGCAAACUUCACCAAAGCAGUGCUGCAAAGAAUAAACCAGUUGAAAAGUGGGCAUAAGAUUAAUGCCAGCUCAAAAACAACAACAGCAGCACCUACAGCAGCACCUACAGCAGCACCUACAGCAGCACACACAGCAGCACACACAGCAGCACACACAGCGGCACACACAGCAGCACACACAGCAUCAAGCACAGCAUCAAACACAGCACCAAACUCAUCCUGAUGCACUUUGCAUGAUUAGCACUGUCACAUUAUGUGUUGAUUAAUAAGAAGGAGUAGCACAGCUUUGUGCACUAGCAGCUAUACCUGACAGCAGCAUGUGAACAGAUUUAAAAUCAGACUGAACUUCUGAUUAAUAAGCACAUACAUAUGUAUGUAUACAUUUUCUAAAUAUAUUUAUUUUUGUAUGUUUAUAAUUGUUAUGCUGUUUUGUUCUGU